UUCUCAUUGGCUAACAACUUCAACACAUCAAGCAUUCUGCUAUUAAAGUAGAAUGUAGAUAACUUUCUCGCCAUUGAUGUUAGGGAAACAAUUUCUUAAGACAUCGGCUGCCUCUUUCAUAGACUAAUCAAUUGACAACAAGAUCUACGCAUCAAAGUUGUACACUAUCGAAAAAUUGAAGCGACAUAAUGGCAGAGAAAGGAGAGAAAGUUGCAGCUCCGGAGAGAAGUCAAACGCCCAUUUCUCACAGUAUUUCAGGAAUACUGGGCUGGGAAAAUGCAGAUUUGGAAAAGAAUCUCGAAAACACCAAACUAUGUCAAACUCCUCAAACGUUUGCAGCAAAAGACCUUCAAGACACUGGAACCGCUGAAGAAAACUUUCAGUUGAUUCCCAAGAAAGAAAUAAGUGCAAAAGCAGACAGGUUUGCUGCAAAGAAUGGCAGCUCUAAUGUCUCCAGCGAGAACGAAAAUGAAGAAAGAAACACACCAAUUCACGAGAGCCAAAUAAGCAUAAAUGGACUUGACUUAAAGAAAAAGAAAACCCGUUACAGAACAACUUUCAGCUCCUACCAACUGGAGGAGCUGGAAAAGGCGUUCGACAAAGCUCCCUAUCCUGACGUUUUUGCAAGAGAAGAACUUGCGUCAAAAAUUGAUCUUACUGAGGCCAGAGUCCAGGUUUGGUUUCAAAACCGAAGAGCAAAAUGGCGGAAACGCGAAAAAAUGCGAGCGUUUGGUUUUUCUCCUCAAAUAUACUGUACUAGAUUCGAUGGUUACCCCCAGAUAUCUCCUACUACCCUGGGAUAUCCCUUUCCAGCUUCUGCUAUCGCGUACUACCACCCAACACUUUCUUGUGACAAUGCAGGUACUUCAUACAGACAAAAUAUGCAAAUUCCGGUUGAUAUUCGGCGUUAUGCAACGAGGUACGAGUAUCCUACAGAUGGGUUUGUGGCAUCUUUAAGUACACCCACGUACCAUUGCUCAUGCAGCGGAUUGCAACAGCAAUGUCUACUUACAUCACCACCAUUGUCUUCAGCAUCUUACAAUUCAAAGAAACAUGGAAUUGAAUCACUGUCCCCACCUGCUCAAGAUAAGCGCUUGAGUAGUAUCUUUACGCUACGUACUAAAGCGAAAGAAUAUGAACAAAAUUAUGUCAGAAUAAAAACAGAAUUCGAUGAGAAAGAGAAAUCCAGUCAACAGUUACAGCAAUGCUAGAACACUAUAAUAACAACUACUUAAGCAUAACAACAGUUGAUUUCCAAAACAUAACAAAUGGGCGUAGAAAGAUAGAUCAUUUGGGGGGGGCGGAUAGUUUUUAAGUCAAUUGUUUUCAACGGAUUACAACCACUAAAAAUGACAUGCAUAUAUGAAUGUAAGCCCCCCCCCCAAUUAUCGAUUUUUUACACUCAUUUUUAGCAAAAUAUAAUUUCAGUGGGCUUUUGUCAUGUUGUCACUCACUUUUAAAAUUUUAGUUUUGGUGCCUCACUCUCAUUAUUUCAUGAAAAAAAUUUUGGCAGCCUUUCACAAUGCAACCUGCGUAAACAUCAUUUUAUUUUUUUAAGGGCAGUAUAUAGUAUGCCUGUAAAUCUUAGAAGUACGAGCUAAAUUUGGGAAGUUUCAUAACUUAAAAAAUUCAAAAGUACAAGGAAAUUUAUGAAAAUCUGUUCUUGCAUUCUUCUCAAGAUCAAACAAUCAUCGACUUAUCAACAACGAUGAAUUUUACGCAAGCCUGUAAACGUGAAAACUUUGUAGCUAAAUUUUCCUUGUGCUCUUUUUCAUAGCAAACACAUGAAGCCACCUUGUUAUGCUCACAGCCUGGCUUCUUGCAAAAAAUAAAAACAAUUCUAUUAUCUCAUUUGCAUUACACAAUUAAGUUUUUAACCGUAACUUUAUCCGCCACCUCAUUUUCGACUAGCGUGUUAAAUAGCAAGAUUAGUGGCGUCGCAAUCAUUUCUAAUGUCAACUUUGUUCAAAUGGGGCGUUUACCCCGGCGCAAACACUUGACUGUAAUUGCAACAUUUUAAUACUUCAGAUUAUAUCUCAUUACUCAAA